AGUCGAGCCGAGCCCGCCGCGCGCGACGUACACACCGCCACGCCGCGCCCGCGCAUAUCACUCGCGAUCACCGACGCGCGAUACACGUCCGCUGUGUUGCUGUUCACCGCUCGGCAAUUCGCAGUAAACUUUAUUUCGUGGGAACUAUAAGUGUGCAAACUUUGUUGCUCUUUGCCUGAUAACUGUUUAUAUGGAUUUUAAUUGCAAUAAAUAAAAUAAACUUUAAAAACAUUUGAGAAGAAAAGUGAAAAAUAAUAUUAAUAUCUUUACUUAACGGAGUUUUGGAAGCACUUGACUUUAUUGCAAGGAGAUUAGAACUUAGUGCGCCGGCGAUGCGAGUUCGGAAACACUUGAGUUGGUAAAGUGUUAAUAUAGAAGAAAUAGUUUCGCAAAUAAUUUGGGAGUGUGAUGUCGUUGUGAGUGCGGCGAGCUGGGGGCCAUCGAGCUGUGCGUGGGGCGGGGGUGGCGAGCGCUGGAUGCGGUAGGGGCGGCGAGCGGCGGCGGCGCGGGCCCCGCCGGCGGCGCGCUGGCGAUGACGGUGCAGCGCGACGAGCGCGACGCGCGCGCGCCCCGCACGCGCUUCAUGAUCACCGAUAUACUGGACGCGCCCCCCAGGGACCUCAGCGCGCACAGGGACUCCGACUCCGACAGGUCCGCCACUGACUCACCAGGAGUAAAAGAUGACUCAGACGACGUGUCAAGCAAGAGUUGCGGAGGAGACUCCUCAGGACUGGUCAAGAAGCAAAGGAAAGCGAGGACCGCCUUCACAGACCACCAGUUACAGACGUUAGAAAAGUCUUUCGAAAGACAGAAGUACCUGAGCGUCCAGGACCGAAUGGAGCUCGCAGCGAAACUAGGACUAACAGAUACACAGGUCAAAACCUGGUAUCAAAAUAGAAGGACAAAAUGGAAACGGCAAACAGCGGUUGGGUUGGAACUGCUGGCUGAAGCGGGCAACUAUGCAGCGUUCCAGCGGCUGUACGGCGGGUACUGGCCUGGAGUGCCGGCGUACCCAGCACAACCUGCGCCGGCAGCCGCUGACCUGUACUACAGGCAAGCUGCUGCAACCGCUGCAGCAGCUGCAUCGGCCAGUGCUAACACGCUACAGAAGCCCUUGCCUUACCGGUUAUACCCCGGUGCGCCGUUAGGAGGCGUCCCACCCUUGGGAUUGGGUUUGCCAGGACCAUCGGCACACCUCGGCUCAUUAGGUGCGCCGGCGCUGGGUGCGUUGGGCUACUACGCGCAUGCGCGUCGAACACCUUCACCAGAUCUCGAUCCUGGUAGCCCUGCGCCCCCGCACCGCUCACCCCCCGACACUCCUGCAGACAGACGCUCCGACGAUGAAGACGAUGACGAGCCCAUCCACGUGUAAUGUGAACAAACCUACGACAAGUGAAUAAUUCCAUCCAAAGUGAUCUGACAAUCAAAAACUAAAAGUGUUAAAGUAAAAAGUGAUGAACUCUACAUUCACGAGUGCUUUGGAAGUAUAUGGACAAGUCUGCCCACCACCCGGUCUGGUUGUGGUUCCUCUUGAGUCGGUUUUGCCGUUGCACUGUUGUUUUGCACGAGAAUUUCUUGUUGGAGUAUUACAUUUCGAGUAUUCUUUCCUUGGGACGGACGUUGCCUGUCCGAGAUAUGUGAUAUUAUAAGCCCAGAUUUGAUAUAAGGACGUGUAAAAUAUAAUUGAUGUCGUGUUAACUACUUAUUGAUAAAUUAGUGAUUAGACAAUGCUUUGUAAGUUACAAUAGAAAAUAAAUAGGCAGGAAUUUGAACAUUCCAUUUAUGAUUAAUUUAUAUUUAAGAAAUGUUCCACAAGGUUUGCUUCGGUGUUGCAUCUUCGUGAUAAAGAAAUAUUAUCCAUUAAAUUAUUGAUAAUGUCAUAGGAUCUACGAUUGCCUGCACGAUCUCGACUCACUGUUGCAUUCACGUUUUUCAAUUGAGUUUUAGUAAUAUAAUUUUUCAAGAAGAUUUCAUGCAUAACUUGGGACAAACGUAACACGUUAUGUUUCUUAAAUUACAGUCAAAAACAUACAGUCGUAACUUUAAUGGAAAUGAACCGAAAUUGCAAAUUAUGAUCAUCAGUCAAGCAGUGACGUCACUAAGUGCAUAAAAACAAACUUGGCAGUCGUUAGCGAUAAACAAAUGAAUCUCAUGUGAGUGAUAUUAUUACGAGAGUAGGAUGACAAGCCCUGGAGUGCAAUGUACAGUAUUUAAUCUUUCGGAACAACGCCAGUCUACGAAUUGUGCAAACAUGCUGUAUAUUAUAAUAUAAAUAUAACUAUUCAUAUACGAUGUAUGUAUUGUUAGUAUUAAAUACACAACUUAAAGUAUUAAAUGUAUGUAAUAAAAUACCUAAUGCUAUAUAGUAAUAACACAGCGGUGUACUUAAGCAAUCCGAGAUGUGGCAUUUUAUGUCCCAUAGAUUUUGUGGUGUUUUGUAAUUAAAAUGUUGUCAAUUAAAAAUA